AUGGGGAAUUCAGUAGAAAAACCAUUCACCUGCGAGAUAUGCUUGGAACCCAUGUUGUUACCCAGCAAGAAAUUCAAGAACAAAGACAGGUGCGACCACCCAUAUUGCUCAGAUUGCAUGAUCAAGUUCAUCCAAUUGAAGAUCUCUGAAAACGUAGCCAAAAUCAAAUGCCCAGCUUUGGAUUGUGAUGCCUUGUUAGAUCCUCUCUAUUGUAGACCCAUCAUGACCCAGCAACUGUUUGAUAAAUGGUGUGACUUGAUUUUUGAAGAUAAGAUUUUAGGGCUUGAACACUGUUAUUGUCCCAAUACAAAUUGCUCGGCGUUGAUUGUGAACGAGUGCGGUGGAAUCGUGAAGAAAUCGCAGUGUCCGAAUUGCAAAGGGGUGUUUUGCUUCGAGUGCAAGCUUCGUUGGCACGAGGGGUUUGAGUGCAAGUUCAGAGAUAGGAAUGAUAUUGCUUUUGGUGUUCUUGUGGAAAGGGAGAACUGGAAGAGGUGUCCCCAGUGCCAUCACUUUGUGGAGCGCAGUGGAGAUGUCAUACAAGUUUUUGCUACAAGUGUGGAGGAGAGGUACACGGGGAUGUUUGUGAUUGUAGAAGGAGUUGUACAAGCUGGAUUGCGCGGAUACUACUUUUUCAAGCUCUUGUUUUUAAUAUUGCUAUGA